AUGAAUGUACCCUCCCCGUCACUAGUGCCAAAGCCCUCUCCAUCGCCAACGCCAACACCCUCCCCAUCGCCAGUGUUAACACUUUCCCCAUCGCCAGUGUUAACACCCUCCCCAUCGCCAAUACCAGCACCAUCCCCAUCGCCAGUGCCCACACCCUCACCACCUCCUCCCACGUCAACUCCUAUUGAGCCCACCGCCUCUCCCUCCCAGUCUGGAGGCGGUUUAUCCAGUGGAGCCAUUGCUGGCAUUGCUGCUGGAGGCAGUGUGGCUGUUGUGCUGCUGCUGCUUACCUGGCUGCUGUGCAAACGAUGCCGCGCCAAAGGGUCAACAGGGGGAGGCGGAACCAGCACCGAUGUGGAUGCUAAGGAUUUGGCAGAAGAUUGUGUGCUCCAAGGCUCAGAACCUGAUUAUUCAAACGCAGCAUCCAGAGGAGAGGAGAGGGACCCAGAAGCAGCAGCAGCCGCUGCUGCUGCUGCAGCUGUGGCUGUGGCAGGGGGAGCAGCAGCACGGGAGAAGCAGAGGGACGUGGUAGUGGAGAUGGAGGCAGUGAAGCCACAUGUGAAGGAGAUGGCGAGCAAGCACCACCCCAACCUGGUGCGCCUGCUGGGAUUCUGUGUGAACUUUGACCCAGCUACAAGUCUCAUAGAGCAAGUGCUCGUGUAUGAGUUCAUGGUCAACCGGGACCUCGAGAGCUGGAUUGGACCAGGUACAUAA